AUGUCGAAACCACUUUUGAAGAAGCAGGAUGUUGGAGAAAGGAAGGAACGACUGCUGUUGUUUGAUGAAAUUCCUGCCUGGCAGAAGCCAACCGCAGGUUCCUGGAAGAAAUGUCUGGAAAGUAUGCUGGGUUGGCAUAAUGAGACGAUCAACAUCCACUCGCACACAUUCGGCGCAGCAUUAUUCGCCAUCCUUCCCUUACACUUCUACUACACUUUAUACCAAAAUGUCCGCGACGCCCAGCCCAUGGAUGUAGUCGUCUUCCUUCUCUACUUUCUCGGCGUAGCAAUAUGCUUUGCAUGCUCAGCUGGUUGCCAUGUAGUCUGGAACCAUAGCCCACCCAUUGCAAGUCUAGGCAACCGUCUCGACUUCUCCGGCAUUGUGAUCCUCAUGUGGGGAGCCAGUCUUGCUUCCAUCCAUUUCGCCUUCAUCUGCGAUCCUUGGCUGAGGACUGUCCAUUGGGGUUUGGUCUCGGCGAGUGCUGCUGGUUGUCUUGCAUUCACGCUAUGUCCGGUGUUUAUCAAACCAGCGUUCCGUGCUGCGAGAGCAGGGAUGUAUGCGAGUUUUGGACUGUUCGCUGUAGUGUUUGUCAUGCAUGGAUUCUACCUCUAUGGCUUUGCGGUCCAGCGAAGAAGGCUAGCCUUGGAGUGGAUGGCUUUGAUGGCGUUGCUGAACCUCCUAGGCGCAGCAUUCUAUGCAUUGCGGUUUCCUGAGGCCUGGUUCCCUUAUACAUUCGACUUCUUGGGAGCAAGUCAUCAGAUUUUCCAUGUGCUGGUUCUGGCUGCUGGUUUAGUGCAUUACAAAGGGUUGGCUAACGCAUUUGUUGAAGUCAGAGGACUGCAGCAUACGUGUCAAGGUGUUACACUGUCCUGA